UUUAAAAAUAAUUUAGUGGAAUUAAAAAUUAAAUCAUUCAAAAUUAACUCAUAACUAGUUAAAAAUUAUUAAUUUUAUUAAUUUUUUAAAUUUUCUUAUUUAACUUUCAAACUAGUUACUACCCUGAUAAUAUCUAAAACAUUAUAAAUUCAUUAAAAAAUUGCGACUACUAAUUACUAGUAAUUUAUAUAAUCAUCGAUGCAAACGUUAAAAAUAAAUUAUAAUUAUGGAUUUUUUUUCUAACUUGAGCGAGUUUUAAUUAUUUUCUCGUGUUUCAUUUAAUGUUGCUUAUCCAAUGAUAUGGAACCGACAGCUGACUGCACGUCAAACUAAGGCACUGAUCUGUGACAGUCGCACCGAUGCACAAGAACGCGUAGGAUGGUAUUAAAAUCGCGCAAACUAGAGCAUAAGAACGUGUCUUCGAUGUGUCAGAAGAGAUUAAUGCGAACCGGCAGCUCGUACAGAAGAAUAUAGUUGCCGGAACUUGUCGAAAGCGCCAUAGAAUUUCCGUUAUUCGCAGGAUAAUGUCGAGCCGUAAUCUCCACUGUGAAGAUUUUAAUGCACGAGAUCAAGAUAUUAAUAGGGAUUAACGAGCAAAUUGUGCGAACUACCUUAUUUGUUUAAACAGCAAUCCUGUCCGAUCCUUUUAGUCAACAAUUUAAAUGCUAAAUUCCUUUAAACUUUAAAUACUAGAUUUUGCCUAGACUAAUGUAAUUUAACAUUAAUUAAAAUCUUUUUCCAUUUCGUUCAACUUGUUUCUCAAAUUAUAGGAGGAAUAUUUAAAUUCUAGAUUUAUCUCCAAAGCUUGGUUAUUUAGAACCAUUUGAUUUAAAAUAAUUAAAAAUGUUUUCUCUUUUUAUGGUAGUAAUACAUAAAUGUAUAUUUACUUAUCACUAUAUUAAGAAAUAAUCCUUUGCAAAACUUUACAUGUUAUACAUAUAUCGUUAUACGAUGGGAUGCGGCAUUCGAUAUAAGACUGCAAAAAAAUUACAAAUUCUGCAGCCUCUGUGGUAAGUUUUAUUUGCGCACGUUACUAUGCUUAUGGGCAAGGGAGAUAGCUGGUUGGAGGAUUGGAAGAAAUGUAUACGCAAAGGAAAGCUCCCUCAGGGUCGACUAAGAGCGCGUGUGCAAUACGUUGGAGCUUACAUCACGAGCAAACGGAUGCAACUAGUGUUAUGCAGUUAGUGUCUUGAGUGCUAGCCAGUUAUACGACGUAAUGUAUGUAAAAACUUUAGUGUAAUGACUAGAAUACAAAAAUUGUUUAUCCAUCGUCUAAAUUUUAAAAUUAUAAUUAUAAUUAAAAAUAUAAAAUUGUAUAUUUAUAAGAGAAAAAUAAAUAUAAAUAUUGUAAUAAACAUAAUUAAAUUUCGUAAAUAGAGGUAACAAAUAUAUUUAAAAGUUAUGAGAUACAAGUAUAUCGUUCUCGUCGGUGCAUCACUGAUUACGGCACUCUGCUUACUCUCUGGAUUGAUGUAUUAUUUCAAUCAAGAUGAGUGUCCUAUUGGUACCUUCCAGUGUCUUAACAGCACCACGUGCAUGCCGCAACGUAGCUGGUGCAAUGGUGUAUCGGAUUGUCCGUAUAGCGACGAUGAAUCCACAGAAAAUUGUUUUGACAUGCACGGAAACUGGGAUUGGUUUAUGAAAGAAAGAAACUGGGGAAACUCGAAAAAUUGCGAUACAUACGACGCUCCAGUUAAAUGCACCUACGAUGCGUGUCGCGCGACUUGUACUAAUUACACCGACGUGCCCAAGAAUUUAUCACCGAACGUCACAGCAAUUUUCCUAACCGACAACUCGCUCACGCACUUGCCUCGCGAUGCGUUAUCAAGAUAUCCGGAGAUACGCUUAUUAUAUCUUGACAAUAACAAUAUAGUCCAAUUAGAAAAAGGAGUCUUCCUUUAUCAAUCCGAGUUAUUUUGGUUAAUUCUCACAAACAAUAGCAUCAGCGAAAUACUACCGGGACACCUAACGGGACUGACUAAAUUAGAAACUCUGCUACUGGAUCAAAAUAAAAUUGUGACGGCAGAUUUUUCUGACCUGGAAGACAGCACUGCUGCGUAUCUGAUAAAUCUGAGUAAGAACAUGUUAACGACGUCCGCUCUGAAGCUACCACGAUUGCCGGCGUUAACGGAAAUAAUAUUGGACGGAAAUCACUUCGAGUCGAUAACGGAAGAUCUAUUCGCCGGAUGCCCCGCUUUGAAAUCACUGAGUAUGGAGGACAAUAGCGUAAGCAGCAUCGACGGGAAUGCGUUUCGGAAUUUGCAACAACUUGUUGAGCUUAACUUGGCAUACAACAGGAUAGUCACGAUACCGUCAAACGUGUUCCAGCCCGUGAAUAAUCUGUCGAAGCUAUUAAUCGGUUACAACCCUGUCGUCGAGUUAUCAAUGAUGCUUUUUAACCCAUUGCAUAAUCUUCGCUCUCUAAAUGUCGAGGACAUGAACAUGGACGAUAUGGAUAAAAACGCAUUCGACGUGUUUCCAAGACUCGAUUUUGUAUAUUUCAAGAAAUUUCAUUACUGCAUGACUUACGCGCCGAAGGUACAAAAAUGUAGACCUAUCAGCGAUGGUGUGUCGUCGAUGUCACAUUUGCUGGGUAAACCUUUGUUAAGGGCUGCCGUUUGGAGCAUAUCUUGUGUCACUUGUCUUGGUAAUAGCCUCGUUCUGUGGGGGAUUCACCGCCAAAGAUGAGAAAGAUUCACCGCCAAAGAUGAGAAUCAAGUUUUGAGUAUCAUUAUCAAAAAUCUCGCAGUGUCCGACAUGUUGAUGGGAAUAUACCUCUUCAUAAUCGCCAUAGUAGACGCUCGGUUCCGCGAUAACUACAAGGAGGAAGCAAGUACGUGGAUGUCCUCAUGGCCCUGCACACUUCUAGGAGUGUUAGCAAUGACAUCAUCCGAGGUUUCCGUGCUCAUCCUGUCAUUUAUGUCCGUGGAGCGAUUUAUUCUGAUCGCAGCACCUUUGAAGUGUCACCACGCUAUGACAUCUCGAGCUGCAGCCUCAUCGAUGAUCGUCAUCUGGAUUACCGGACUCAUCGUCGCUUUUGUGCCAGUUAUUCAUUGGAGGAGCAGCACAAGGUUCUACGGUGUCAAUGGGAUGUGCUUUCCUCUACAUAUAGACGAUCCGUAUCUGAUAGGCUGGGAAUACUCGGCUUUUAUCUUUCUGGGACUUAAUCUUAUCGGAUUGAUGAUUAUCGGUUACGUUUACGUGGCCAUGUUCGCCAGCAUCUGGAGAACGCGCCGCGCCACACCGUUGUCGGUCGGCGAUUCCGAGUUCGCCCUCAGAUUCUUCCUAAUCGUGUUGACAGACGCGGCAUGCUGGGCGCCGAUUAUAGCGUUGAAAAUUCUCGCCUUGAUGAAAUAUCCCGUGCCACCCGACUUGCACGCUUGGAUAGUGAUUUUUAUUCUGCCGGUCAAUAGCGCGAUCAAUCCGCUGUUGUACACUUUUACCACGCCAAAAUUUCGGGAAAGAUUCAACGAAAGUUGGCUCGGAAAAGUACGCAGCUACAUGUUGAGAAAUCAUUCCAGACAAGAUUCACAGGCAUCAGCUGCCACCAAUAAAACUACGAUUACCGAUAGGAACAUGAUGCAGCCAAUGUGGAACGAAUUUGACGAAGGAGACAGAAGGAGCACACCUUUGCUCGGUUUCAACUCGGAUGGAAACGCUCGACCCGAGAGGCAGGACUAAAAUUUAGUAAUUUUCGUCUAUUAAUCAUAUCGCCUUUUUUUAUUGAAUGAUAUGUAAAUUGCUGACGCUGAUAUUCAUAUUACACGUUACAAAGACGAUAGAUUGUAGUUAUAAACUAUAAAUCUUCGUAGCACACAUAGUCCAUUUUAAAGAAUGGACGAGUGUAGAACUUGCAAUAGUGAAAUUCUAUUAUCUAAUAACCGUUGAAGAAGGAAACCUUUACAAAUCGAAAAAUUAUAAUUAAUGUAAUUCGAAUCGAACUCAAUUAAUUUAGAUUACGUCACGCCAAAGAAACUUUCUAUAACAUGCUACAGAGAAUGAUUAUCUGCUGUUUGCACGUAUUUUUGCCUUUUUUAAAAAAUCCGUCUUAUCAGAUGUAGGCUGCAGUUGUUUAAGAAUAUAUGCACUCUGCUCUCGUAUAUCUUCGGCUCUGCUAAUACCGUUUUAUUACAAGCAACUCGGCAAGAAGCUUAGCUUAGGCACGGUGCUCUUAUUCUCGUCUCCCGAGAGAUUAGCCGUAAGUAAGGUACCCAGAAUACGCUCCGUUUCUGAAUGUAUUGUUUCGCGCAUGGGUGAUCCCGGCAUGCGGAUAUUUCAAUUGUACGAACUCCGAUGGCCCCCGACGGAGGUAUCCACCCACGAUGGAGCACAGAAAGAGAGAGAGAGAGAGAGAGAGAAAGAUCGUGCUCGAAAACGUACAUAAAUUAUUUUCCGACGAAGUCGGAAACGCGAAACGCGCCCUGAAAAAUUUACGACAUCGAUUCUGAUGUACCGGCAAAUCAUGUUCCGCCGAUGUGGCACCGUUAUGCCGGGUCAGCGCCACUUGUUCCGUAUUAUUAUUGCGAGAUGAGAAAUUUAUCUUGGAACACACGGGCGUGACUUUUUAACGGCUCCACCGAUGUACGCUCUAAAACGAGCACUACAUCACUCAAAUAUACUCGAUUAGUCGGUGUAAAAUCAUCGGUCGGCACGGCCAUCCCCCUGAGAUGACUUAUGAAGCGAUAAUAAAUGAUAAAGACGAAGAAAGGAUAAGGAAUUACUGACAAUUAAUUCCCAACUUUGUGAUGGGACACGCGAUGUUGUUCACUUCGCCUUUGCUAUCGCGUAUUAAAUUAUCAUAUGAGAAGAUCCGUGCGGAAUGUCAGAUUGGCGUGUUUAACACUCUUGUAAUCAAAUAAUAAUUUAUAACAAGCAAAACAGUACUUGUAGAAAAUUACCUUACAAACGAAUAAUACAUAAUAUGAUGUA